AUGUUUGACCAUGACGUCGAAUAUCUGAUAACCGCGCUAUCCUCCGAAACGAGGAUUCAGUACGAUCAGCGUCUGCUGGACGAAAUCUCCGCAAACGUGGUAUACCACGUCCCCAGGGUCAAAUCCCCCGAUACUUUGUAUCGGUUAGUUGGAGCACUUUUCCGAUCGCAGUUCAUCGUCCAGUUACCACCACUACGUCUGUUGCACGUCGUCAAAGAUGUUUUCCUUUGGAAACUGGAAGUCUCUGAGCCCACGCUCCCAAUUUCGAAGUUUUACUCAGUUUGGAAUGCUGUUUUAAAAUCUUAUCGAGCCACCUGGAACCUAUCACAGCUGAUAGUAUUGGAUGGUAUUCUCGUCACAUACCCGAGGUUCAAGCAAUUGAACAACGAAUAUUUCAUCGAUGAAUCCAGCAACAAAACUGCGCUUUAUUACAAAAACUGGGAAUUGCAAUUGUUUUUACCAAUGUGGGCGCAGUUCUGGAAUGGCGCCACCAUUAAGACCAAUCUAUCGAUUCAAAAUUUCCUGUUGAUAGCACUAGCUUUACUUUUUAACCAGUCAAACAAAAGCGACCUUUUGCGCGGUGUCAGCAUAUCAUGGGAUUUGGUCACAGAGAAAUUAUUGGAUCUUUUGGCUGAGUAUAUAAAUGUUGUUGGGCAGCCGACGGAAAAGUUUUCCAUUAACUCAGUUUUAUCGACGAACUUGAAUCAUUUGGCCAAUUGCUUGACCGCUUCAUUCACGAGGUCAAAUGAAGCAACUUUAAUAAAUUCAGUGUGCAAAAUAGAAAGGAUAUGCCGACAAUUGUCUGAUAAUGUACUGUCAUCGAAGGAACAACAUCUGGAUCUCAAGUUUCAAAAUGUAUUUAUCUUGAUAAUUCUCGCGUUAAAAGAAUUAUCUGCCAUGAAUAUGAAAAUAUUGCCCAGCCAUAAAGGUACUUUAUAUUCCAUGAUCUGUUUAAGCCUUUUCCACGUCCACGUUUUGACCCAAAAAAUCGGGACAGUCGGGUUUCCCAGUUAUGAUUACGUUUACGAUAAUAUGGUAACGUAUUUCAUUGUCCUGGACGAUCUGUCUAAAAUCAUUCCAAUUUUGGAUCUUAUGAAAAGGGAAAACGUCAAACAAGACCCGAGUAAGCUAAUAUUCUACAUCGGUUUUUUAAACAAGAUUACUAAUUACUACGCGUGGCGCAUUCGUAUGCCGUUUGUUACCAAAUUUAUCGAACCCUUAUUGCAUUUCAAUGCAUUUCUCAAUGGAAGUAUGAGCAAUCCCUUUGAAAUUGAAAUUAAAGAAUCUAUACACGCAUUGGCAAUCACUGCACUCUCUAUAGAUCCCUCUCAUUCAUCACAGAUUGCACAGUGGCAAGUGUCUCGCAUGCUCGUCUAUUUGAAGAUGUCCAUGGACCAGUACAUGGCAGGCAGGUUGUCUGCAGAUCAGAUUCUAAUUAUAUUCGGCCAUCUAUCCACACAGUUUCCCUCACUACAUAGUUAUAAUAAGCAUUUGCUGAAGGACUCUUUGCACGAAACGUAUAUCAGAAUUAUUAAUGUAAAACCCCCAGAAAAGAAAAAUGUGUUGAUCGAGUGUCUGAUUGUACAGAUACCAUUUGUCAACGAUCCUCAUCAUUCGAUCGGUUGGUUGAACAUCUGUCUGCAGCUAAUCAAUACUCAUAACGAAAGACUACUUCAACGAUUGUGGGAAAUGGUUUCGAGUCUAGAAUCCUCCUUAGCUAUCGACUGGUGGUACGCAACAGUUUUGCCAAGUCAAUCUUCCAAAUUAUAG